AUGACUAAAAUCUGUGUGUACUGUUGUCUUCUUUCUGCUCUGAGUGUUGUGGGGAUGAAGACUCUCUACAUAAAUGGCCGUGUCGGGGAAAGGGUCCACUUCACAUGCUCAGGGUGGGACAGUGUGACUAAUGUAAAGAAAAACGAUAAGUACUUUUGUUACAGUCCAUGCACAGAAGACAAACACAUCAUCACCAAAGCAGCAUUUCAAAAAACUACAUAUAAAGGCAGAGUAGAGUUAUCUAACUCAGGAGAAAGAUUAUCUGUGACCUUCAAGAAUCUCCAUAAGUCAGACUCUGGCACAUAUUAUUGUGGAGUGGACAGAUGGGGCAGAGAUCCCUUUAUAACGGUGAAUCUUAAAGUUACAGAUGCCAAGUCUUCCAGUCCCAAGACGACUCCAAAACCCCUCAUUGUGUCCACGCUGUCAUUCUCAGCUCCAUACAGCUCCACUACGUCUUCAGACAGCUCAGAUAUUAUUACUGAUGUCUUCUCAUCAGACACCACCCUUGAUACACCAACACCUACUGCAUCAGCAGCACAAGCAGCUGGACGUGUGACAUAUUUAACUGUCGGUGCCAUCGUCGUAAUAACCAUACUGAUGGUCUUACUGAAGCUUAUGCACAAAAUGAGGAAGCAUCAACUGAAAGUUGUGUCAAGUGCUCGUACGCCACAAGAAGAUGCACGAGAGGCUGUUGAAUAUGAUGAAAUCAGACCUGAAGACCCGACUGACUCAGCUUGUCUCUAUGCUAAUUAUUCCCACCACCAAGACACAGCUGGGACUGGUAAUCGCUGUGAUGUUUCUUUCAAUUCAGCUUCCAGGUGUGAGGUCAAUUCAAGGGGGGUAUCUGCAGAGAGCAGAGUCACAGAUCCACAAUGUGACCUGGUGUAUUCUGUUGCUCAACUACCCAAAGGACAAAUCGAACCUACUGGGCAAUCUCAACCAAAUCAGUGUGAAAGCGAUGAAAAUGACUCUCUCUAUUCCCUGGCUCAGCUACCAAAGGUGUCCUAAAGGAGGCCACUGUGAUCAAAAUGGAUCAAAAGGAUUUUUUUUGAUAAUUUUCAUUAUAUUUUUUAAGCAAUUGUUCCGAUAUUAUGUUAUAUAAAAUGGUCAGGACUGGGAAGAGAAGGAAAGGAACUGAUUAGCAUCUGUUUACAUGGUACAGCUUGUAAGGACCAAGCCAGCUGUUAAGGCCUUAAACCACAUGUACUGUCCUUUGUUUCAAACCACGAGGGAUUAUGUUAAUUGACGGCCAU